UAUCCGAUGCGUUUAUGCCCGAAACAGAAGGGCCCUGCUAUGCAUCGCAUGACCGGUUGAGUUAACCAGCGCCAGCCCGGCGAAACCCAUGCCACAACCUACUCGCGGUUUCAUCCCGGACCGGCUGGCGGGGGCCGGGGGCUUGCUAUAUAGGCUGGCGCUUGGCCACAGAAGGCCAUAGCAUCUAUAGCCGCUAGCCGUGCAUGAUAAUAUAACCGAACGAGAGGUCAUGGCUCUGAUAGACUAUUACAACAGACACAUACUUAUACAUCAAAGGUUUGUUCUCACUGCCAUUUUGAUAGUGACAUGCAUUACUGGAGAUUUCUUGCUGUCAAAGAUACAUCCACCCAGGCCAUCGAACUGGUAUAGAGCACUUGUAGACAAUGGAACUCAUGGUCUAGUUGGUCUCCUAUCUUGGACAAUUGUUAUCAACCCAACUCUGCUACCCUUCGGAGCAUUGCUGGACAAUGAAUUCCUUUGGGAAAUCAUCCUAUGUGGCAUCUUGUCUUCUUUGGUAGAUCUUGAUCAUUUUGCAGCAGCUGGAACUCUCAACUUACAGAAAGCAUUAUCCAUGCAGUCAAGACCGCCACUCCAUGCAGCAACACUGAUCCCGGUCUUCUGUGUCCUACUGCUCCUCGUUGUAAGCCUGUCAAAGAUGCCAAGGCUACAACAUCUACCACUCAUCCUAUUUGUUGCCUGGUUCUCGCACCUGACGAGGGAUGCGACACGGAGAGGAUUUUGGUUGUGGCCAUGGAAUAGCAUGUCGAGGCUGCCAUACCUGUCGUACAUUUUUGUGAUUGCCGUCCUACCUUACUUGGUCAUAGCAUUUAUGAAUGGCACGAGUUAUUGGCACAGUCGUUUGUUAGACUCCAAGCACAUUCCAAAAAAUGUAAUAAUCGAACACGUCUGAGAGACCAGUCUUUCGCUUCAGUUGUCUACAAUGUUACACAGAGAGACAAGGAAUGAGUACAUUCAAACACAUCUAUAAGCCCACCUAGGUGAAACAGAAAAAGUGGCCACUAGCUUUUUUAUACAGGUUCUACAAAAGAUAUUCAUUCAAAUUCGGGAAUUAUGGUGGCCAGGGGUAUGAUGGCAUAUUCAGAUCCAGAGAUAUUCGAGGGCUUCUUCUCAGUUGGAAUGCCACAUUCCGAUUUGAUAUCUGGAACAAAACAUUUAAAAGUCAUGGGUUUCCUCCAUGUUCCCAACUUCAUAAGUUCUUAUCUAUAUGUAUAUUGAAAACUUUGAACAUGAUUGACUUCUGAAUUAUCAGCGGUGAAAUCAGCCUUUUCAAGGAGGAUUAGCUUGUCUGAUUUUUUUUUGUCCAAUAAUGUCACUAAUGUUGACAUGGCCUCCCCUUUAACACCUUUUAAUGCUCUUUUACCCCCUUCCCUGCCAUGCCUGUAAAAGCAUAGUUGUUUUGGGUCCCAAUGCCGUCCCUAUCCUAAUUCUUUAAAUCAUCACUCACUUCCCUUGUAGAAGUAUACUACAAUGUAGUUUGUUCUUGGUAACACCCUCCCCCCCCCCCCCCCCCCCCCGUCCCUAGUAGAAACAGUUAAAUUGCCAAUACGUCUACUGCCAACCCGUCCACUCACCACAUGGUCUACCUUCAUUUAGUCUAAUGCCAUUCCAUCCAUCAACAUUUUGUCUAACAACCAUUUGGUCCAAUAGCACUUCGUCUAAUCACCAGUUCGUCUAUGACCAUUUCGUCUCAUAACCAGUUGGUCUAAUAUCCAUUUCAUUUUCAUUCAUUUUGCACAAUUGAACACUUAGUCCAAUUAGACCAAAUGGUAUAUGAACUAAAUGGUUAUUGGACCAGCUGGUUAUUAGACAAAAUGGUGAAUGGACGAAAUGGCCAUUAGACCAUGUGGAUAAUGGACGAACUGAUAGUAGACCAAAUGAAAGUAGACAAAUUGGAAAUUGGACUAACUGGCAUUAGACCAAAAUGAAUAAACUGUAGAAACAUUCUAGUUUGUCGUUGGUACCAAUUAAUGCUUGUACUUCCCUGAUUUGAACACCAAACUUUCCUCUUUAAAUGCCCCUCUUUGUAGAGGCUUACUAAUUGUUCUAUAUUUUUUAGGCUUUUGUAUCGUACCUUUCACUUAAUGUUUAUUUUUAUUUUUUAAUACAUUUAUAGAAAAUAUUUUAAGUAUACUUUUAUCGGAUUUGUCCCAAUAAACCUGCAUAAAUUCAUGACCGUUCCUUUUUUUUACCAUCAUAAAGUCAAUAAUUUAUUUCGCUCUGAAAUACUUUGUUUUGUUUUCAAAUCUUAUAAAUUGCUGGUUCUAUAUGCUUUCUCUGUUCGUUUUUAAUUUGAUUCUUUAAUUUGAUUUCUAACUUCACAAAAAAUCAUGUGUUCCACACCCAUAAUGUUGCAAAAUGUUUGCCUUUUUUCAUUAAUCAUUAACUAUCUGGUAAUAACAACCGUUUUUCUUAAUUCAUAACAAAAUGAAUUGGCAUAUUAAGUUUCAAGAAUGAUAUAACUGUGCAAUAUCAAAGAUAAUAUGACAUCUAUGUACUUGAAUACUAUUGCUUUCAUGAAGGUUUAUUUCAAUAUUUGAAUUAACCAUGUUUGUAUUAUAUAUUAUCUAUUCUGCUUCAUGUCAAUGCACCAGCCAGUAUGGAGAGCUUUUCAAUAGGAAAGAAUUUUAUUUUUUUCAUCCUCGGGCUGGUGCUCAAUGUUAUUGUAUUCAUGUGUUUGAAUCAAUCAUUUGAAGCUCUCUUUAUCUUGCUGGGGAAAUAAAAAUGAAUAAUUAUUAUAAGUAAAUAAAUUACCAAAUUCAUCACAGGAGUUUGAUUCCUUGUGGGUGCUUGCAAGGGCAUAUUGUAAACACUUCAGUCUCAUUAUAUAGUCAUGUUGAAGAAAUAAUCAUCUCUAAAUUUCUGUGGUAUUAUGGGUAAUUUUUUUUGGUUUUGUUCUUGUGAUAUUUCAAUUUAACACGGACAUAGGCUGAUCCAGGGGCAGGGGCCUUAGGGUGCAGCCCCCUCCAACCGAUUUUUUUUUUGUUCAGGUGAUAUGUCUAUAGAUUCAAAUCAGUUAUAGGCCAUUUGUACCAUUGCCAAUGUGGCUUAGUUAGAUGCACACAGAUCCACACCGUGUUCAGAUUAUCCCCCACUAAACAGAACAUCCCCUGGGGAUCUCUGUGUGGCUGUGUGAUUAUUCCAGUCAUUUAAAAACUUUAUGUUCAAUUCCUGUAACUUCUUUGUGAUUGAGUCAAUUACUUAAACAUGCCCUUGAAGGACAUGUGUAUUGUGUAAUAAGCUGGGAAGUUUAAUCCCAUCUCAUUUUCAUCGGUCUUCUUUUGCCAUUUUGUGACUUUGGAUUCAGAAACCAAUUGAUGUGAGGGGCUAUAGCCUCUGUAUGAUUGAAAAGAUCUUUUUAAUUAUUGACAUAUGUGCUUAUAAAAGAUUAUUGAAGCUAGCUUGUGUAAAAAUAUU